AUGAACAACGCUGAUUGGACAUUUGUUUCCAAGAGCAAAAGUAGUAGCGACUACUUGUCACCCUCGUUUUCAGAGGUCUCGACAUUCACGUUUUCUCAGCGACCAACGGUGUUCAAUCCUAGACGAACCACAUCCAGAAGGACAGUGUCAUCCCCUGGUAUAGUCUCAGUCAUCGACGGCAUGGGUCAAUUUGGGUUACCAAAAGCUGAUGAGAAUAAGGACUCUGGACUGCUGAGUGAAAUUAAAGGUGUACUUUCGAAAGUGGGUAAAACUGUGAUCGAUUAUGUGGGGAAAGAGAAUAGCAUUGAAGAACAGGGGGAUUCAGAUAUGCCAUCGGAAAAGAGAUUUUGGGAUGAAGGAGUUAAAUCGAGUUCAUUAGGGGCUCAUAAAACUAGUUCGGCUGCCAAACAUGUCCGAGAGCAGGAUUCUUCGCACGAUCAUGCUCAUGGCCAUCUUACUCCCAAGAAACAAUCAACCACAGACAAAUUUGACCGUCUUCACGAAAAACUGAACGAAUCGAUAACCCCGGAGCGCAGUGCUUCUUUCGUCUUCAAGUCAUCGAAAGAUCCUUUCCGCUGGGGCUCAGCAAAACCAACCGUCAAGGAUACGAGAAAGGGCGGAUACGCUCCUUACGGAAGCACUUUUUAUAAGAGAAAGGCUCGAAGGCUUAAUUGCCGUCGUUUGGCGGGCGAUUCCAUCACUAUCAAUGAAUCAUCGGACGAUAUUGCGCAUCUUCGAAUGUUAUACAACGGGGAGUAUCAAGUACCGAAGAUGAUAGAAGCUGAAAAAAAAAAGCAGUUGCUGCUAAUGGAAAGCGAAAGAGCUGGAGCUGGUUUCGACUCGAGCACAAAGAGUAAUGUUACAUCUUUGACAGAAAGAAUAAACGCCCUACUAUUAAAAAAUAGAAACACAGCCGAAGACGAUGAUUUGAUCAUAGUGCGAGAGCACAAAAUCGAACCACCACCACGAAAAUUAUUUUCCAUAAACCGUCAAUUGAAAUUCGACACUUCACUUUUAUCUUUCCAAGAAGAAUUUGAAAGCUACAAGAAGUUGCUAGAAGAUCGCGACAGGCUAAGACAUGAAAUUCGCAUAAAAAGAGAAACCAAAGAUCUCGUACCGAAGCUGGCCUCACAAAGCAUUGAUUCAGUUAACCGGAUUUUGAAAAGAAGUGAUAACGGUGUUCUUUACAACAAGAAUAAUAUCGAGCUUAAAGUGCACGAUUUCAAAACUUUAGCUCCUAGAAGGUGGCUAAAUGAUACAAUCAUAGAAUUCUUUAUGAAAUAUAUCGAGCUCCAAAUUCCUACCACUGCUGCUUUCAAUUCGUAUUUCUACACUACCCUCUCAGAUCGAGGAUACCAAGGUGUGAGGAGAUGGAUGAAGAAGAAAAAGAAAUCUAUAACAUCUCUCAAAAUGAUUUUCGCCCCAAUAAACCUCAAUCAAUCUCAUUGGGCUCUAGGGGUUAUAAACAUAGAAGCCAAAAAAAUCUUCUACCUGGACUCUCUGUCUAAUGGACCUUCCGGCCUGAGUUUUUCCAUUCUGAAAGAUUUACAGAACUACAUCAUUGAGGAAAGUGGUGGCGCUUUGGGCUCAGAUUUUGGUCUAGAAUACCUAGAAUGUCCGCAGCAACCUAAUGGAUUCGACUGCGGAAUUUACGUUUGCAUGAACACCUUGUAUUUAAGCCGCAGUGUUCUACCAACUUUCGAUGAAAAGGUUGCCGCUAGAAUGCGAUAUUACAUCGGGCACUUGAUUAUCAACGACGGGAAGUGA